CCUCCCGCAGAAGGAGCCGAGCUGAGCCGUGGCUGUUUUGGAUUUCUCCGCUCGCACUUCCACGGGCUCCUCCUGUACCUCUCUACGGACUAAACACCCCCGGCACAGCAGACCCCCGAGGCCCACGCCUUAUCCACCGCCUCAUCGCGUACGAUCUGAGAGCCACCUUUACGAGAUCCCACUUUUAUUUGCGCUAAAACGACGCCAUGAACCCCGCCAGUCAAGACAUCAACCUGAACUCUCCUAACAAGGCUGUGGAUGUAGAUGGAGCUGACAGCCUGACGGACGUGCCUGUGGAGGGGGCCAUGAGCAGCCCUAACCCUCUGCCACCUGGGCUCACUGAGGAGGAGGCUGAGGAACUGAGGAAGGAGCUCCUCAAGGUGGAGGAGGAGAUCACCACUCUGCGUCAGGUGUUGUCGGCCAAAGAGCGUCAUGCCAUUGAGCUAAAGAGGAAGCUGGGGCUUAGUCCACUCGUCGAGCUCAGGCAGAACCUCAGCAAGACCCUGCAGGACGUCCAGACUUCCAAUGCCUAUGUGCGAACCUCCGAGAAACUGGGAGAGUGGAAUGAGAGAGUGACUGGUUCAGAGUUAUAUCAGACAGCCUCUGCCACUUGGGACGACAUUACCCAUACAGAAGCGUAUAAGAAGACCCAGGAAACGCUCUCACAGGCGGGACAGAAGACCACUGCAGCGCUGUCUACAAUGGGGACAGCCAUUAGGAAGGGGCUCGGAGACAUGAGAGCGCUUCCCUUCUCUAACUCCUUUAGUAGCAACUAUUCCAUCCGCCACUCCAUAAGUAUGCCGGCCAUGAGAAACUCAGCCACUUUCAAGUCCUUUGAAGACAAAAUGGGGAACCUGAAGUACAAAGUUGUCGGCACCAAGGGCAACGGUGAGGCCACGAGCGAGACUGAGACCACUCCCACUCAGGAAAACCCUCCCUUCUGAACUCCCCCCGCGCGGACGAUACUGUUCUCACCUCUGACCUCCGACCUCUCACCUCCUCCUCUCUUCGCUUUAACCGCGCCCCCCACCGACGCUACGCUGUGUACGCACCAACUGGGGGCACUGUCUGUGAGGGCGUCCGCUCAAGAUGCUGUUCGACAACACACUCUGACCCUGCCUUUAGUCAAUCCUCUGGCCUGGUUCUACAUCUCUGCUCAGUGAAUACAUAGGCAUUAUCUUACUUUAUCAAAUCAUAGAGUGAUUUGGGGGAAUUUGAGAAUGACAACAGCCAGUUAGCAUCAAAGCUGUAAAGAUGUGAUUUAUAGUGGAUCCCAAUGGACAAAAAUUGAUCAAACUAAUAUAUUUUUUCCAUUUUGAAUUUUUCAAAAUGUUAACUUUACUUGACAACUAAACAUUUACAAAAAGUAGAAUAGGUCAAGUGCACACGACAGGUUAGGUUUUGUUUUUUUUUUAGUUAAGUUUAUCAUAUCACCAAGGGCAGCACUUUUAUUGUGUUAAAUGAAGGUUUAAACUGCCAGAAAAAAAGAAAAAGAAAAAAAAGAAUUAAAUAGAAUUUAGCUCAAUUUUGAUGUAUACAAUGUUGAAUGUAAGUUCACUGCAAAAAAAAAAAAAAGUUAUUGUUUAUUAUCUUUAGUCCAAUUGAAUCCACUAUAAAGCUCUCUACGGAACAUUUCUCAUUUGAUUUUUGCAUCUAAUUGUCUAUGCUAUCCACACUGUGAACACUACUGUCCCUCUCAUAUAUUAUGUACUCCUUGUCAUGGGCCUACUACUACAAUACUAGCAUGUACAUAUAACAUCUCAGCUAUACCAACCACAAACUACUCAGAAACCCAAACCUGGUUGUAAAGAAAUCCCUGAGAAACCAUUUUGUAUUAUAAACUAUUUUACACUGCUUUGCAUAAUGUUUUUACAUAACUUUUAUCAAUAUGUACAAAUAUAAAGAUGCUAUAUUGGCACCAUUGCUGUGGACGAGGUCGCUGGGUUAGGAUAGCAACAUUAAAGCUACACUUGAGGACAUGUUUUUGCUUAAUUAUAUAGUACUGUGCACGAAUAAAUUAAAAAAAAUAAUAUAGGACAGUACAUGUGCAAAGAUAAAUGCAUUUUGAAUUCAUCCUGAUUACAGAUUCAAAUGUGAAAAUUCAGUCUUCGUUCUUGCCUAAUGCUUACAGAAUUAUUCAGAGUUUUUGGAAAAAAUUGAUGAAUCUCAAAUAAAGUAAAAGCAGUGGAAAAAAAUAAAAAUAAAAUUACACAUUUGUAAUACCAAAAUUAAAUGUCACAAGAUUAAAAAAAAUAAAAAACAUAAUUUGCAAAAAUGUUGUGAAAUUGAAAUUCGAAGCACUCGUUAGCUAUUGACCUCUGCUAAGGCACUGACCCCAUCUCGCAAUGGCUCAGAAUAUAUUGUGCUCAGACCCAUUUUAAACUUGGGCGAUCUUGUAUUUAAGGGAUAAUUGCUUUUGUAAAAGAUGCACAGUACUGUAUAGUCAAAUGCAAAGUUGAGUUGUAGCCAUUUUUGUUCUCAUUUGAGCCUUCUUACAAAUUAAAAUGUAACUGAUUUAAUUAGACCAACAAUUUUGAUUUAAAGCACUUCUAAAGGUAAUUUUCUUUUCUUUUUCCUUUUUUAAUGUUAGAUAUUGCUGUUUGCUGUGCAUACUACCUGAAUGUCAACGCAUCUCUACGACAGGCCUUACUUAAAAUAUUUUACAAAUUGUAAUUUUGAUUUUGGCUGAUACAUUUUGUUUCUCAUUAUUUUGUACAGUUACAAAGGGAGCUUGGUUAAAAAGGCCAUUUUUGGAGGGUCAAAAUCUAAGACGUUUGCCAAAUAAUGCACUCCUGCUGAACUCACUACCAUGAUACGUAAUAUUGCAUGAGGCUAAAAUUAACUUGAACAAAUAAAAAAAUAAAAACGUAUUUAAAUUGCCUCGAAACAUAGACACAUAGCACAGUUGUGUAGCACCGUCACUUUUGCCAAUAGUGAAUUUGAAGGUUUUGCCAGAAUUUAUUUUUAAUUUCAUUUUCUUUCUUCUAUUUUCUAGAUGGAUCCUAGAUUUUUUUUUUUCCCCUUAGUUAUUUUUUUUACAGACUUCACUUAAAAUCGUACUAAUCAAAAUGCCAUAUAUAACAUUUUUGCUGCCAAAUUGUACACUAUUUUGCCUAUUUUAAAUAAAGUUUGGAUAAGUUGAUAUGAAGCCAAAACUGAAUGUGUCAAGAUGCUUAAAAAUAAUUAGCAUUUUAGAUUGUAGUAUUAAUUUGCCAAUUAUUUUACAGCCAUAACAUUUUGUUCUUUUUUUCUGAAAGUGUGGACUAUUUAUCAACAACAAUGCCAAAUUCUUGAUAAGUUAGUGGAUUCUAUAUUUGGGCCAUUAUUAUCCAUUUCUAUUGAAACAUACUUAUUUUUCAACAAACUCCUUCAGAAAUGUUGCCAUUGUAACUUUAAAUGUUAUGUAUUCUGUUGUGUUUUGCCAUCUCGCCUUUUUUUUGAUGAUUGAAGUCUGUUACAACAAAGCUCUCCCUGUAUACCUUUUGUUGUAGAUGAGCACUACACAACAUGGAAAUCACAGCUCAUUUUAGUAGAAUCCGGGGUUUCUUGGACUCCUAAUCAUUUGUUGGAGAGACUUUUGAAUCUUCAUGAAUUGUUAUUUUGCAUUGGAAAGUACAGCACACAGCCUCUCAUAGCCAGCCCUGUUUCAGGCCGGGCUAAACGUAGAGUAUAGCUUUUUACAGGGCCUGGGCCGUUAGCUAACGUAGAAGAAUAAAGGGAUCAGAUGUGGAAUAUUAUGGUGAUUUAAUUAAAUCUCUUUUUGGUUUUGUUGUAAAUGUUUGAAUAUCAAUAAAAAGCAUUCCUUUAAA